AGUUUCCGUAUUCCGCAUUUUACCGUUUCUGUCUGCUAGCAAAAACACUGGUCUGUCUUUUAUCUCCUUUUUUGGUUGUUGUUUGGGGCUUUGGGCGUGUGAAUGCACUAGAUUGCUCGGAUCGAAAAAGUUGACAAACUUUGCAAUAUUGUUUACAUUCUUAUAACUUUGUAGUUAAUAUUAGCAUCUCUAGCCAAAGUUAAUAAUAUUCAAAAUGUCUAAAGUGAGAAAAAUCAUAGAUGAAGCCAAAGAAUCCAAGAAUCCUGAGCUGGAUUUGGUGGACAAGGGAAUUUCUUCUUUUGACGAAAUACCGAGUCUCCUUACCAUGCUCAACUUGACCCGGAUUACACUGACGCACAACAGAAUAUCAGUUGUAACCCCAGCUUUGGCCAACUUGACAAAUCUAGAGAUCCUGAACUUGUUUAAUAAUCAAGUUGAAGAACUCCCAACAUCUUUGUCUUCUAUGCCAAAACUUCGGAUUUUAAACUUAGGAAUGAACAAGCUGAGCGCUCUUCCUCGAGGGUUUGGAGCCUUUCCUGUACUAGAGGUUUUAGAUUUAACUUACAACAACUUGAAUGAAAGUAGUUUACCUGGCAACUUCUUUAUGAUUGAAACACUCAGAGCCCUGUACUUGGGUGAUAAUGAUUUUGAACGAAUCCCACCCGAGAUUGGUCAUCUGAAAAAUCUUCAAAUUCUUGUUCUUCGAGAUAAUGAUUUAGUUGAGCUCCCUAAAGAAAUUGGUGAAUUGGCCAGGCUGAGAGAAUUGCAUAUUCAAGGCAAUCGGUUGUCAGUUUUACCCCCUGAAUUAGGUAACUUGGAUCUCACCAGUAACAAAUCCGUGAUUAGAAUGGAAAACAAUCCAUGGGUGGCACCAAUUGCAGAUCAGUUGCAAGUUGGUCUAUCUCACGUAAUUGAUUAUCUUCGAUCAGAAACGUAUAAAUUUGUUCAUGGUCGGCACGCUGUGACUCAAGCCCCGAAUCGCGUUUCUGAAAAGCGAGACCGAAGCGUUUCAAUCGAUUAAGAAACGAAGAACUUCUUGUUGAAGUGUCUACGGACGUCAUAUUUCGGCCAAUGCUCCCGCCCCUGCCCGACUCACAGAGAGAACAAAGAAGAGCUCCAAACCUAAACCAUAAUUCAUGAAAUUUUUUCAGUAGUAUAGCUUUUAUGGCUCUGUUUCAUCAAUUUUCUGAUUUUCUUGUUCAAACCGAACAUUGAUUUUCAGAACAGAUAAUCCAAAUUAAUCAUUACAUUCUUCGCCUUGUUAUCAAAUGUGCCAACUGCUGCCUUCCGUUCUUUGAAUGGACAUUUCUUCUAAUCAUGUAAUAUUUUUUCUUUACGAACUAACGUUGUCUUCCAACUUUUUUCGCGUUUUCUCGUCCGUUGUUCUUCUACUAGCGCAGAUUUAUUGAACAUGCAUACAUUGGGUGUUGAAUUUAA